CCAGUCCAUCUGGCCCAGAGCAGUUUCUUGGUGGAGGCCUUUGGUAAAUCCUUCAUCCUUGACCUGGAACUCAACCACGACCUCCUGUCUACAGAUUAUGUGGAGCGUCACUAUGAUGAGGAAGGGCAGCUAUCAAUGAAUAUGGGAGGAGAGCACUGUUACUACCAUGGGCGAGUGCGGGGAUCGCCCGGCUCCUGGGCCGCUCUUGCCACCUGCCACGGCCUUCAAGGCAUGUUUUCUGAUGGGAACUUCUCGUAUGGGAUUGAACCUGUUGACAGUGGCAAGGAGGAGUACAACGAACACAUUAUAUAUCGCAUGCCAGACAUCGACCUCUUUCCACCUCCUUGUCCAGGAUGCUCAAUGAACAGAACAGGACAUGAGGAGAAGACAAACAGCCAUGUCGAAGAAGAGGGCGAGCAAAAAGGCGGAGAUGGCUGGUCCGAGGAGCAGAAGCCAGUUUUCAAAAAAGGCCUGAGACGCUCAAAGAGACAAGUGCGACGAGGACAGCGCACAGUCCAGACUGAGACCAAGUACAUCGAGCUGAUGGUUGUCAACGACCAUGAACUGUUUGUGCAGGUCCGUCGGUCGGCCACUCAGACUAAGAACUUUGCCAAAGCAGUGGUGAACAUGGCCGAUGCGAUCUUUAAGGAGCAGCUCAACACUCGCAUCGUCCUGGUGGCCAUGGAAACCUGGUCUUCUGAGAACAAGGUCUUUGUGGGCGACGACGCCUUGCUCACCCUCCGAGACUUCAUGAAGUACAGGAAGGAGAGCAUCAAGGAGCGCUGUGACGCUGUUCACCUUUUCUCUGGGAGGACUUUCAUGAGCAGCCGCAGCGAGGCCGCCUACAUAGGGGGAAUCUGCUCCAUCACCAGAGGUGGAGGCAUCAAUGAGUUCGGCAGUGUGGGCCCGAUGGCCAUCACACUGUGUCAGAGUCUGGGCCAGAACAUCGGCAUGCUGAGAAACAAAGAGAGGCCGGCUGCUGGAGACUGCAGGUGUCCCGACCCGUGGUUGGGCUGUAUCAUGGAGGACACAGGUUUCAACCUGCCUCGGAAGUUCUCUCGCUGCAGUAUAGACGAGUACCUGCGUUUCCUCCAACUAGGGGGAGGCAGCUGUCUCUUCAACAAGCCCAGCAAGUUGUUGGACACGCCGGAGUGUGGGAAUGGAUAUGUGGAGAUCGGAGAGGAAUGUGACUGUGGAUCACUUGUGGAGUGUGCCCGUAGUGGAGCCAACUGCUGUAAAAAGUGUACCCUUACCCACAAUGCAAUGUGCAGCAACGGGCUCUGCUGCAGGGACUGUAAGUACGAGCUGAGAGGGGUGACGUGUCGUGAUGCUGUGAACGACUGUGACAUUUCUGAGACCUGCACAGGAGACUCCAGCCAGUGUCCUCAUAAUGUGCACAAACUGGACGGCUACAUGUGUGAUGCUGGACAGGGUCGCUGUUAUGGAGGUCGUUGCAAGACCAGAGAUAGUCAGUGCAAGAGUCUGUGGGGCUACAACUCAGCUGACAGGUUUUGCUAUGAAAAGCUCAACUCCGAGGGCACAGAGAAAGGAAACUGUGGCCCAGACUCCAGUGGUCAGGGAUGGGUGCAAUGCAACAAGCAAGACGUUCUUUGUGGAUUGCUGCUGUGCACCAACCUGACAGAGAGGCCGCGCUUCGGUGAACUGCAAGGGAAGCUCACCAGUCUGACCAUCCACCACCAGAACAGAUACAUGGACUGCAGGGGUGGUCAUGCUGUGCUGGAUGACGGCUUGGAUCUGGGUUAUGUGGAGGAUGGGGCACCGUGUGGGCCGAACAUGAUGUGUUUGGAGCGUCGCUGCCUCCCUGUCACAACAUUCAACCUCAGCACCUGCCCGGGCUCCUCCACCUCACGCAUCUGCUCCCACCACGGCACUUGCAGUAACGAGGUGAAGUGUAUCUGUGAUCCAGACUACACCGGGAAGGACUGUAGCGUGUUUGACCCGAUCCCCAUCCCCACCCCGCCAGAGGGUCCAGAGAAACACAAAGAAACAUCCGAAGGGGCAGAUCCUCGGGUGGCUGAGUCGUAUCUCUUUGCUGUCUUUGUCUACCAUAAUCUGUGUCCAGCCUGCUCUGAGGAGACAAAAAAAAAAAAACUCAAGAUGUCUUCCAUUUAUGAGCCCUCAGACCUCUCCACUCUUUUUCCCUCCUUUAAUUUCAUCUGUACCUUCCUCCUUGAUGGUCAAAGAUUUUUUUAAACUGUGGAACUUAAGACACCAGAUCUUACCAGCUGUCAGGGAUCAUCUGGAUACAAAUAUCUGAGUCUAUAUUUGCGGUAUUACUGUUGUUUUUCCAGCUGUUCUUCUGCCAUAUUGACUGCUGGUUGUAUACUUUUUACCCCUUUAAGUGAUUCCUAAAAGAAAAAAAAAAGGACAGAGCCUUCUGUCCGUACACAGUUAAAAUAUUUUGCCUCAUGGAGAACUCUUAACCUCUUUCAGUAGUGUGACUUUAACUGCCAUAUCACCCAGUAGUGAAUGUUUGCACUCUAUCAGCGUAGAUGAGGUUUUUUUUUUGUGUGCUAGUACAUUCCGCAGUGACCUCCAUACUUUCUCAUUUAACGCUGCCUUCAUUUACAAACACUAGCCCAUGUAAAUCAAUGCUUCCACAUAAUCUGCAUUAAUAUAUUAAUGUAUAGUACAAACCACUAACUAUUAAUAAAGAUAGACGAUGCAUCUCCACCUCCUCCCGUUGUACAAAGCUGAAGCCAAAAUACCCCUGUGACGGGCGCUAACACAUUAGUCUGCCAAGUAGGGAUCGUCUAGGUGUGCAGAGGUUCUGAUGCCCUGCUGCUUCUGCUUACCAUGACACACAUUUAACUUAUCAAUAAUUUGGUAUAGAUCCCGCCCACAGUAGAACCGAUUCUUGUUGAGGCAGACAUUCACGGUUAUGGAAGGUUCAAUGACUCAUUUGUAAGCAUUGGUUUCAUUUUCUCUCGUCUUUCUCCUCUACUCUCCUAAUAUAUUACACACAGUGAUGCAUUUGUCAACAGAGCUGUCAAUCAUGGCAUUAUACCUUUUAUAGCAUCAAAGGACUAAUUAUAAAAAAGCUUCUUGGAGGGGGAAAAAAGAGGACAUGAACACAAAUCAAUGUUAUAAAAACUAGCUAUCAUGUCAAAAACCGUUUGAGAAAAAUGUAUUUGACAUGAAUUUUAAUUCUAAAUAUUUCCCCAUGUCCCAUCUGUUAACAUGGAGGAGGCAGAGUUUAUGACCUAUACUGCAGCCAGUCAGGCUGCACUUUGCGGGAGUUGUUGAUCUUCAUCUUUUUAUAUUGUCUGGUUCAAACCUGCAUGGAGGCUCGUUGUGUCUCUGUGCUGAUGUAAGCGAAGCUGAAUAGUGUGUUGCAUACACACCAAAUAUUUUCCCCUGUAAUAUAUUUAAUCCACCCAUUGCAUCCACAGGACCAAUAUGCAUACAGGUAUGCUGAACACUGGUGCUGAUGUACAUAUUGUAAUAUAAGGUCGAGUCAUUUAGACCGCAGUGACUCACUGACGCUCUGAAUGGAAGCACAAACCGCUCAUGUUGGAGAUUAAAUAAGCAAGACAGGAU